AUGGCCAUGUCGCCUACCAUUCUCUUCCUAGGUCUACCACCAAAGACCUUCGUCGGCAUCAAUCUAGCGUCCUUCAAUUCGUCACCGAACUUCUUAGAACAUCUCGAGCAGGUCGACGCCGGCAGUACACAGUCACAAGAGAUUACGCGACGGUUGCCAGAACUGCAGAAGAAAGGUCUGGUAGACUUUGCUGCUUUGAGAGAUGCGAGUGCAAAUCUACAGAAUGAGCAGUCAGACCAUCAAUCUAACAGUGAUGGGCAGAACAGUGGAAACACAUGGCCAGCGUUAACUAGUCACGUAACAUCUCGUCUAUUGACGAGGGUUUUCUCGUCCAAGGAUCGAGAUAAGCCAUCAACGAAAUGGGCAUUGACUUCGGUCUCUGCCGCACCAUCAGAUACAGAACACAUCCCUGGUCUGACAUCCAUGGAAUCACGUCUAGCACUUGAGCCACUACGGACCCUCAACCUCAUGCCCAUGGAUUUGAAGCAAACAUGGCCAGAGGACGCCGUCGGCCGUUCAAGAACAGAAAUGGCGAGGGACCGAUCGUGGUAUCUCAAGCAUCUGAUCUCCCAUCUUACGAUGCCAGACGUGGCACAUGAAGGGGGCGAGGGCGAAGUCUCUCAGUCCAAGGCCGCUAGUGAAUUAUUGGGCGAACUACAAUUUUGCUUUCUCAUGGUCCUGUGUUUGGCCAACUAUAGCUGCUUGGAGCAGUGGAAGCGACUUCUUACAGUGUUAUUCACGUGCCGAAGUGCAUUGACUGAGGUUGAAGGUUUCUUUGUCGAGGUACUCAAGGUGCUAAGACAACAGCUCGGUCGAGUUGACGAUGUCGAAGGUGGCUUGUUCGAACUGUCGGACGAGAGCAGCAGUGCUUGGUUAAGGAAGCUGCUCAAAACCUUCAGGGCAACUGUGGAAGAAGUCUACGCUGAUGCUGCAGAUAGCGGAGGAAGCAAAGAAGAGGGCAAGAACGUUAGAAAGGUGCUUGAUGAACUUGAGAAGUGGUUAGGAGAGAAGUAUGGUUGGGAGGAUGAGAAGAAUACGCUCAGACGUGGCAUGGUGCAGCUUGAGGAUGGGGAAAUGGUUGAGCUGCAGGCUGAUGAUCUAGAUGAGGACGAGGAGACUGGUGAAUAUGCACCUGUAGUUGUGGAGACAGGAUUGGCCUACUCAGGAUCCCUCGACUGA